AUGGCUCCACAACUCAUGAAAGCAGCAGUCUGCAAAAAGACUGGACAACCGAUCGUCAUCGAGCAGGUGCCUGUGCCGGUUCCACAAGGCCGCGAAGUGCUGGCCCGCGUCCAGGCCGUGUCGCUGUGUCAUUCGGACAUCACCAUCACAAGUGGAGGUCUAGGACCCAUUCAGGUCCCGUUUAUUGUCGGCCACGAAGCUGUCUCUGUAGUCGAAGCUCUUGGCCCCGAUUCUGCCAAAUGGGCUUCAAGGUACUUUGCGGAAUAUACGCUUGUCGAUGCCGCCAGUGCAGUGGUCAUCCCAAAGGAUGUCAUCGCGUCCCCCGCAUCACUUGCACCUCUUUUCUGUGCUGGCCUUACUGUUUGGAAUGCAUCAAAACGAGCGAGAUUACAGGUUACAGACGUUGUCGCCAUUGUUGGAGCCGGUGGUCUUGGACAGAUCGCCUGCCAGUACGCCCACGCAAUGGGAGUGCGGUUCCCGGCAUAUGCAACUACCUUGAGUUCUGUCCGGGCAGAGGGACGAAUUGUGGCGGUUGGUAUUCCCAGCAAAGAUAUCCCGAUCGCCAUUAGCCAGCUUAUCUCUCGGGCGCUGCAAAAAUUCCGCUUGGAGGAUAUCAAUGAGAUGAUCGAUCUUAUGAAAGCUGGCAAGGUGGAGAAGGGAAGAAUGGUGGCGCAGUUCUUUUAG